UUGAAAAAAUCCCUUUUUGUGGAACCCCGAGGUGCAGGGGGAGAUGUAUGGGAUCGGUUUGCAGCUGCAGCAAGAGUUGGAACUGGCGCCAUUCUAUUCGCUGUGGCUGGAAUCAACUUCAGUGAUGAACUUGGUCGAGCAGUCUUCAUGGUAGGAUUACCCUAUCCAAACAAAAACAGCAUUGAGCUCAAGGAAAAGAUGGCGUAUUUGGAUUCCCAACUUUCUGGAGGAGGAAACCAACUUUAUCAGUCUUUAUGCAUGCAUACAAUCAAUCAAGCCAUAGGAAGAGCGAUACGGCAUAGAAACGACUACGCUGUGGUGUAUCUACUUGACGCUAGAUUCGCUCGAAAUGACAUCAUUUCCAAACUUCCCAGUUGGAUAUCAAAGCGGCUAAAAUGUCCAUCUUCAUUCGCAAAUGCAAUCGCAUUAACAAAGGAAUUCUUUGAACAGAAGAGUUUCAAAGAAAGACCUUAA